ACAUUUCCGUGAUAAAACUUUCUUCUCUUUUUUGUACUAUAUUUAUGAUAUAAGAGUAGUUUACACGUCUCAUAUUGUUCUUGAAGAAUCUUAAGGGGUUAUCCCACUGUGACGAAAAGAGGCUAUUUUCGUGAAUUUUUUUUGUGGAAGCUAAUAAGAUGUAUAAAUUGUUAUCGCUAUAUAUUUAAAGAAAGUACAUAUAUUGAAAAAAUUUAUUUAAAAAAAUUAUUAAAUAAUAUUAAUAUUCGUGGCUUCGACAGUUGAUACAGUGCUCCUUUGAAAAAAAAUUAUUGAUGCACGGAUGCUCGUGCUGUGUCUGAACAGGAUCUCUAAAAUAAAAUUUUUUUUUUGUUUUAAAGUAUAUAAGUGUAGAUUCAGUUAAGCGUAGGGAUUUUUUAAAACAGUAAAUUUUAACACAUGCUGCCGUUCGGAAAGGAAAAGUUUAUUAUUUUACGAAAAAAACGUCACUCUUUAAGUUGUUUCUCAAAAACUAAUUUAAUUUGCAAAAUCCUACGCUUAACUGAAGACAAUUUUAUUAUGAACAUUCCGUCUAAAAAUCAAGUCAUUCGAAUAAAAAAUGAUUGAGAUACUGGUCGAGCGCCCAGUUGUGAAAAUGCAAAGUUUCAAGAAAAACAUAUUUAAAGCUAUUAAAUCACAUAUUUCCGAUGUGAAUUUCAACACAACAUUUUAAGGGCAUAUCUUUAAGACUACUGCAAGCAUUACAAAAAAGCAAAAAAAAAUUGAUUUUUUGACAAAUCCGUCACAAUAGAAUGACCCGUUAAAUAUGCGAAAGGUCUCUCGAGCGUCGCGAUAACGCAACCCUACCACGCGACAAAACAAUGCACACGUUCUCCAUCGCGACGUUCCACAUUGAUUUUCCCAUCGCGCGGCGUAUCGCGUAUAGAUAAUCGCGCCUGGGCGCUGCAAUUACACCACACCUCUAAUUCCCGUACCGAGUCACACUCGUGGCUCUCAAUAACUGUCGGUUAUUCGACGCGAUUAUCCGGCGACGUAGGACGACAGAUAGGAAUGCGCUCGAGCGGCUGUUAUCGCGAUCCAACACCCGCCACGUCUUCCAGCCGUUGUGGACGCCAGCUUAACGAGUCGCGCUCCGGCAUUUCGAUCCCGUGGCCGUCCAUCCGAGAGUUGGCACGCUCGCUGCUCCGUUCCCAUCCUCGGCUGCCUCUCGCCGCCAGUAUCUACCUGUUGCUCGAACAGCGAAGGCUGCUCGGCCUCUGUCUACCUGACGGCCGAGACCUACUCACGUCUACAGACAUCAUCGCGUGUCUUCCCUUCUCUCUAUUUUUUUUUUCUACGUAGUGCACUUUUCGAUUGGUGAAACAUCCGCUCCGAUAGUGAAUGAACUAUAAAAAGCAGUGGCUUCAGCUCACCUUAUCUCUCUUAUCGCACGUGCCGCGCGUGUCGUGCGCACGAGGAUGAUUGGAACAUGCAUCUAUCGCCCUUCGCGAGUGAUUCGAGUAUCUUUAUUACGCCGAUAGAGAUGCCUUUCGACAGCGGCGAAAAUUACUGUUUGAGAUAUCACCAGUUCCGCUAUUGAUUUGUUCGACGUGAUCUCGCGCUGGAUUUAUUCGCUGGAUUUACGUGCGUGAUCGAGAUCCGCCUAAUGCUCCUUAUCCUGCAAAGCGGGAGAUCGGCGAUUACUCACGAUGUCACGUGAACGUGACGGUACGAUCAUUACGCAGAAAUGGAUUUUCUCGAAGAGCGACCGCUUUGUGUGUUCCGGUUCAAGCGUGUCGCGCGACAAUUAACGGAAGUUCAUGCGAACCGGGCGAUUGAUGGUUUCGGACGAUUCAUCGUGAGCGAUCGGUGAUAUAAAUAGAAACGAAUAGAUUGAGAGAACGAGGCGGUGCAUAACUUACGCGGGUGGUGAAACGAAGACCGUCAACGUCAGCAAAAUGGUCCGAGGGCGAAAGUGAAACACAGAACCAGCACGGAUUUGGUCCCACAACUGCUGGGCAUGUUUGACGAACUGGCGCGUCGCAGUGAUGGCUACGAGGGUGAUCGCAUGAUUCUAUCAUCGUCCUGCAGCAUACCCGCGGUCCUGCAAAAGCGUCUGAGCAUGGUACCGGUUGCACAUCGGGGUUCCGUGUUCGGUCAGCUCUGCACAAACGGCGACUUAGCCAAACCUAUGCACCAGGACGUGCCGAAGAGCAAAGAGCAGGAAGACGAGUACGACGAGGUCGUCGCAGACGCCACCGAUAACAGUAUGUUGGAGACGGUUAUCUCGGUAACGACUCUAGAGAACGAGGGAAACGGGGAAACCGUUGGGAAGCCGAUUUACGAGAGGCGAGAGACCAACGGUCUCACUACCCCGCUUAGGUACAAUAGGCGACGCAGGAAUGGCGGCAGACCGCUCUCCGGAAGCUCCAUCGCGUCCAGCACGUCUUCCAGCAGUUGCAGCAAUCAGGGCAACACCUGCGCCGCCAAUCCCUAUCUGGCGUCCGUCGAGUCCCUCGCCGACACCUGUGCCAGCUCCCAAGGUUCCGCGGACAGCGGAGUCGUGACAGUAUCGGAAGCUAGCUGUCGGAUCUUAAACGAUGAAAACGCGCAAAGGAGGGACAGCGCCGAGGAGGAUCCUUUAUGCCAUAGGCCGCGCUACUGCGACCCGCAUCGCAAUCCCGUUGAGAGGGUGCUUCUUGAGAUCGUGGACACGGAGGCGAUAUACGUUGAGCAUCUGCGUCAAGUUAUUCAGGGUUAUCUUAUAUUCUGGAGAGACAAUCCAUCGUCAUUCGCACGUCUGCACCUCAGCGAUCUGUUUAGCAAUAUCGAGGACAUCUUCGAAUUUAAUAGGGAAUUCUUGCGAGAGAUAGAGAAGUGCGGUCUGGAUCCCGUCUGCGUCGCUAACACGUUCAUCAAGCAUAAUUCGGGAUUUAAAGUGUAUACCGAGUAUUGUACCAAUUAUCCGAGGACAGUCUCGGUUCUGACCGAUUUGAUGGGCCAGGAGGAAACCGCGUGCGCCUUCCGCGAACGGCAGGCGGCCCUCAGGCACGCGCUGCCGCUCGGUUCUUUCCUUUUGAAACCCGUUCAGAGGAUCCUUAAGUACCACCUGCUCCUGGAGAAUCUAUCGAAGGAGUACGACGCCGAUUGUGAUUCGAGAGAGAACGAGGCUGAAGGCAGAAGUGCCAUCGAGGCUGCGCUUGCCGCGAUGACUGGCAUUGCUAAGCACAUCAAUGCUAUGAAAAGGCGGCACGAGCACGCCGUACGUGUCCAAGAAAUUCAAUCGCUUCUGUACGGUUGGCUGGGACCAGACCUAACUACAAGUGGUGAAUUGGUCGCGGAAGGUCGAUUCAGGAUGCGAGGGGCCAAGGCCCCGAGGCACGCCUUCCUCUUCGAUCGAAUGCUUCUUCUGACGAAGAAAAAGGAGGAUGGUCUCCUUGUCUACAAAGCUCAUAUUAUGUGUUCAAACCUAAUGCUGAUUGAGAGUAUCCCAGGAGAGCCACUUAGCUUUCACGUAAUACCUUUCGAUAAUCCUCGGUUGCAGUACACAUUACAAGCGCGCAAUUUAGAACAAAAGAGAGAAUGGACCUUACAGAUAAAGAGAGUGAUAUUAGAAAAUUAUAAUGCAGUUAUACCGUCGCAUGCGAGACAGUUAGUGUUACAAUUGGGUCAGACGCAACAAGAAGAUGACGCGUUGACGGAUAGGGGAUCGGCAAAGAAGCAUUCUGCCCCUCCGGAAUACUUGGAGAAGCGCAAGCAGGAGAGGGAGAGACGUAGAUCCGAAACUGGUCUGAGGCAGAAGUUCAAGAAAGGCGUCAGGAAAUCUGAUACUACGAUGGAGGAUUCUCCUGCAUCAUCCCGCAAAAAUGACAAUGAAGAUGUUAAUGACUCCAGAGAGUCAACGUUUAACAGGUCUUCGGAUGUACGUGCUUCGAAAGUUAAGGAUCGAUUCACCGGUUGGAGACGAAAAUCCGAGCCAGGCUUUCAGUCGUAUGUUUGUCUUGACAACUCGGACGAGGAGCAAAAGGAGGAUGCCGUUGGCGAGACUCAAUCUGCUACGGUCGAGACUGAAGAAGCUCCCGAGAAUCUUACCGAGGAGGUGAAUCAGACAGCAACGUUGAACUCCUCGCCACUGGACGAAACCAAAGACAUUAACAACGAACAACACGCUAAUUCGGCGCAAACAGUCGAAGAGAUCGUCGGUCACAUUCUCAUGCAGAAUCAAGAGUUCCAGAAGUUGCUGGAGAAACAGAGGACCAGCAGCAUUAUCAACGUGCGCCAGCAACGCUUCAACAAGCGUAUCUCGGCGGACACGUCAGACGAAAGUGAUUCAGAAAACGCUAAUUAUACCAACUCGACCAACCACCACAACAACAAUAAAUUAGGACGUUCUCGGGCGACGCAUCGGGAGCAGCGACUGAUCAGGACGAACAACGCGUGGAAUUUAUUAUCCUCGCCACCGGCGCGCGAGAACCAGCAGCCACUGCAACUUCUCUAUGACAAUCUAAAAACUACUCAAAAAUCGACGGAAACGAUCGCGUAUAAUGGUAAAACGAACCAAUUGCACGACAGACGAACUUCUUUUGAGACGUUCAAGCGACAGAGCAUCGUCUCCGAGAGCAAAGUGAUCAAGACAGCGCUAUGUAUUCGCGAGAAUUCAACGUCGAUGGGCAACGAAGAAAUUGUCACGUCAUCUGCGGCAACACGCGUGACGAAUCACCGGGCGGUGGAGCAAAAAGAGAUCAAUUCUAUUGCCAUGACAGAACUGAUCGAAAGGGAUGAAUCGGAACAACGUGACGAGAGAAGCGGCGCGAACGAUAUGGAAAGCGCCGAGUCUAAGGGCUUCGGCAACUAUGAUAAUUUGCAGCACGUCUGGGAAGGUCUACGGACAGUGAAGGGUGAUGUCGAUGGCAACGAUAGUCCGACCCAGCCCGCCGUUUGGCUCACAAAACUGUGUGAGGGCCUGCCCACCUCGCCGCCUAAAUCCGGUUCGUUGCCACGAAGCUUUCAGAUAAGUCCAAAUUCGCAACCGACAAGCGUAACGAAGUCGCGCUUCCUGCAGCGGGACGGCAAACCAAUGAGCGAGCGACCGUUUACGAUUGCAUCCGACAAACCAGCGGAGAUCAAUCUGGAGGACAUGGAGAGGUACGCGUCCACGUGCCAGCCGGAAGGCAGGAUUGCCAAGUUCCCCAUGCCCGCCACUUCGACAAGCUCCAGUUCGUCGACCUUCUUCUGUUCGUUAGAAGACACACGAUUGACCGACGAUACUUACUCCGACGUGCGAUCUAUAUCUGCCAGCGGCAAUGCGAAUAUUCAUCCAGACCACAAGAUCUAUCGAGCAAACGGCAGCGGCAGUACGAUUUUCCGGAGUGUUUUUAAAGCGGGCAGCCGGUUACAGGGCCGUCUAAGAAACACCAUGAGCACAGAAACGCUCGAAUGCAAUGAUGAGGUCGAACGUACACGCUAUUUCCGCGCGUUGAGUUCCGGAGGUAAGUACCCGAAGAAGCGGACUAAGCAGGCAAAGCAACACGCAAGGGAACCGUCCUCGGAUGUGGAGGAACUACUCGGUUGCUCGAAUGAUUCACGGGUUCCCCAACUUUACUACAAGCAAGGUAGUUCUAGUCUGGGCGCUAGAAUUGCUCAGUCGGACUAUGCUGAUCCAAAGAUCCUCUUCACUGAAAAUAAACGCAUGCAAUCCUCUUCCGUUAAUGACAUUAAUCAGUCUAAGAAAAUCGCCGAGUUGGAGAGGAGAGACUGCGAAGGGGAGACGGAUAACAAGGAUACAGAGCGUCCUGAGAGCGAGACGGACAGCUUUUAUGAGAAGAGCUUUGAAACAAUCGAGAAUUACGCGGACGGUGACGUAGAUGAGGCGUUUCGGGACAGUGCAAUAUUUAGCGACGUCGAUGAGGUAUUCGUGAUACGGCAGUCGACACCGGUAACGACGAGAACAACAAUGACAACAGCAAUGUCAACGGCAAAGACGAAGAUUGCGCCGCCGGUACCUGUCAAAAAGAAACAAGAACUUUCGUUGACGAGGUGCAAGCCGAACAUUGCGCAGAAGCCGGAUUACUUGAAGAUAAGAUCACUCUUAGCGAGAGGACAUGCUGCUGGUGAUUUGGAAACCAGGGUUACUGCGAGACUGGUGAACGUGACUCAACCACUGAAUAGUUCAUCAAAUGGUUACAAUAGAAACAUCGAGAUAGAUAGAGAUGAUGUUUCCGCAGGACAGAGUCAAGCUGGUUGGGUACGGAAGAUAGUAGGUCAAUUGCAAGGUCAUAUUGAAACGUGAUCUGUAUUUGUAAAUAUGGUCUACGGGAUGAGAAUUACACAUGUCACAAGUCAAUAGAUAUCUUGAGUCAUAAUCGACGUACGUCAUGUGGAUAAAAGUGAAGCAAAUAUUUUUGUCAAGAGUAGAAAAGCGCAAUGUAUUUUAAAUCAAUUUUUUGAUCGUCGAUUUUAUAGGAAAGCAUACAAAUGAUUACUUUGACAUGCUUCAUCCUGUAAUAACAUAGCAAUGUUAUCUAAGAAAUUAUUUUUAUGUAUAUAAAAAAAUUUUGUAACAAAAUAAAAAUAGAAAUAAUUUGAUACAAAACGUAUAUGCAUGUAAUUAAAGAAAAAAAGUAUUAUUUUGAUUAAAAUAAAUUAAAAAAGAAUAAGUUAUUUGAAAAAUGUGCAAUCAAAAGUUUUAUUUUAUGAAGUAUAAAUAAAAGUAAUUUUUUAAUAUUUCUAUUUUUAUAUUCUGAUAUUUUUUUAUAUCGAUAAAAAAGUAAAAACAUUUGCUUCGCUUUGUUCAUACCGUGGUGCCGUGAUGUUAGAAAGCUAAUUGGAGUCCUAUUUUAAUGUUUUUUCACAUGUGCCUGAAAAAUAACAUUGACAUAACGUGAUACCAUUAUUUUAUAAUAAAUUUAUAUUUUAAUGUGUGUUUGAUGCGCGCAUAAAUAAAAAAGGCGCACGUUCACGUUCAUGUUAUCGUCGUAGGAACGUAAAAAAGUUAAUAUUCACCUAUAGACUGUUGUAUGUUAAGUAUUGUUUGAUAUUACUUAUGUUAUAUAGAGCAAAAGAAACAGUUUUUAAUUAAACAAAAUAUUUGUAAAACUA